UUGCUGUCUCACUCAUGCUUCCUGGCUUCACUCACAUGUACAGAAAGGAAGAGCUGUAGAGUCUUAGCCGCACAUGAAGCAGCUCUGUCUAUUUUAAACCACAACGGACUGGGCUCGACGUGUGACAGACUGUAUGUACGAAGUAGAGCCAGAGCAGAGUUUGAGUUACUUUUUGUACCUUUUUAUUUGGAUUUUUCUCCAUCUGACUGUAGGUGAAGGUGUGUGUGAGCGAGAAAAAGAGAGAGAGAGAGAGAGAGAGAGAGAGAGAGAGAGAGAGUGAGUGUGUGUUUGAGUGAGUCUGCAUGUGUGUGUGUGUGUGAGAGAGAAAGAGUACCAGGAUGAUUGCGGCCCAGCUACUAGCCUAUUACUUCACUGAACUCAAGGAUGACCAGGUUAAAAAGAUCGAUAAGUACCUGUACUCCAUGCGUUUCUCUGAUGAGACAUUACGGGACAUCAUGCAGCGUUUUCGGAGGGAGCUGGUCAAAGGACUGGGACGGGACACUAACCCCACAGCUGUGCUGAAGAUGCUGCCAACAUUUGUGCGGUCAAUCCCUGAUGGCUCAGAGAAGGGAGACUUCAUUGCGUUGGAUUUAGGAGGCAGUAACUUUAGGAUCCUCCGCGUCAGAGUGAGCCAUGAGAAGAAACAGACCGUUCAAAUGGAGAGUCAAAUAUAUGACACACCAGAGGACAUCAUUCACGGCAGUGGAACAAGAUUGUUCGACCAUGUGGCAGAGUGUCUCGGUGACUUCAUGGAAAAACACAACAUCAAAGACAAGAAACUUCCAGUUGGAUUUACCUUCUCCUUCCCCUGCCAGCAGACCAAACUAGAUGAGGGCUUUCUGCUAACAUGGACAAAGCGUUUCAAGGCCAGUGGAGUGGAGGGAAUGGACGUCGUCAAGCUGCUCAACAAAGCUAUUAAGAAACGUGGAGACUAUGACGCUGACAUCAUGGCAGUAGUGAAUGAUACUGUGGGAACGAUGAUGACCUGUGGUUUUGAUGACCAGCGCUGUGAAGUCGGCAUUAUCAUCGGCACAGGUACCAAUGCAUGCUACAUGGAGGAGCUGCGUCACAUUGACCUGGUGGAGGGAGACGAGGGCAGGAUGUGUGUGAACACUGAGUGGGGAGCCUUCGGAGACGACGGCAGGCUGGAAGACAUCAGGACAGAGUUUGACAGAGAGAUUGACCGAGGCUCUCUCAACCCCGGAAAACAGCUAUUUGAGAAAAUGGUCAGUGGUAUGUACAUGGGGGAGCUGGUACGUCUCAUUCUGGUGAAGAUGGCCAGAGAGGGCCAGCUAUUCGAGGGAAGGAUCACCCCUGAGCUGCUCACUAAGGGGAAGAUUGAAACCAAACACAUCUCAGCCAUAGAGAAAAGUAAGGAGGGGUUGUCCAAGACCAGAGAGAUUUUAACCAGACUUGGUGUGGAGCCCUCAGCUGACGACUGCAUCGCUGUGCAGCAUGUUUGUACCAUUGUGUCUUUCCGCUCUGCCAACCUGAUAGCUGCUACACUGGCAGGCAUCCUCAUGAGGCUAAAGGAGAACAAAGGCGUGGCACGACUACGAACCACUGUAGGCAUCGAUGGAUCUCUAUACAAGAUGCACCCUCAAUAUGCCCGUCGUCUUCAUAAGACAGUCCGUCGGUUGGUCCCAGACUCUGAUGUUCGGUUCCUCCUAUCAGAGAGCGGCAGUGGAAAAGGAGCAGCCAUGGUGACCGCUGUGGCCUACCGGCUCGCCGAACAUUCACGAGAAAUUUCCCAAACACUAUCCGAAUUCCGCCUGACCACUGAACAACUGCUGGAGGUAAAGAAGCGAAUGAGGAUAGAGAUCCAAAAUGGCCUUUCAAAGAGCACUCAUGACUCUGCGACUGUCAAAAUGCUGCCAACCUUUGUACAAAGCACUCCUGAUGGCUCAGAGCAUGGUGAUUUCCUGGCUUUGGAUUUAGGAGGAACCAACUUCAGAGUUCUGUUGGUCAAGAUUCGUUCUGGCAAGAGGAGAACAGUGGAGAUGCACAACAAGAUCUACGCUAUUCCUCUCGAAGUGAUGCAGGGCACAGGAGAAGAGUUGUUUGAUCACAUUGUGCAGUGUAUCAGUGACUUCCUGGACUACAUGGGGAUGAAGAAUGCUCGUCUUCCUCUGGGCUUCACCUUCUCGUUCCCCUGCCGACAGACCAGCCUGGAUGCUGGCAUCCUGGUGACAUGGACCAAGGGCUUCAAGGCGACAGACUGUGAAGGAGAAGAUGUGGUGGGACUACUGAGGGAGGCCAUUAAGAGGAGAGAGGAAUUUGACCUGGAUGUAGUGGCCAUAGUAAACGAUACAGUGGGAACCAUGAUGACCUGUGCCUACGAAGAACCCACCUGUGAGAUCGGACUGAUCGCUGGCACUGGAAGUAAUGCAUGUUACAUGGAGGAGAUGAGGAACGUUGAGAUGAUGGAGGGAGAUGAGGGAAGGAUGUGUGUCAACAUGGAGUGGGGGGCUUUCGGAGACAAUGGAUGCCUUGACGACAUUAGGACAGAAUACGAUCGCGCUGUGGAUGACUUCUCCCUCAAUCCAGGCAAACAAAGAUAUGAGAAAAUGUGCAGCGGCAUGUAUCUUGGCGAAAUUGUGCGGAACAUCCUGAUAGACAUGACCAAGAAAGGAUUCCUGUUCCGAGGACAGAUUUCGGAAACACUGAAGACCAGAGGCAUCUUUGAAACAAAGUUCCUCUCACAGAUAGAGAGUGACAGAUUGGCUUUGCUACAGGUGAGAUCCAUCCUGCAACACUUGGGGCUGGACAGCAGCUGUGAUGACAGUAUCAUAGUCAAAAAGGUAUGUGGAGCCGUGUCACAUCGUGCAGCUCAGCUGUGUGGGGCAGGAAUGGCAGCCGUGGUCGAUAAGAUCAGAGAGAACCGAGGACUGGACCAUCUGAACAUCACUGUAGGGGUGGACGGGACACUCUACAAACUACAUCCACAUUUCUCCGGGAUCAUGCACCAGACAGUAAAUGAACUGGCUCCUCAGUGUAACGUCAACUUCCUGCUGUCAGAGGACGGUAGUGGGAAAGGAGCUGCACUCAUCACAGCCGUGGGCUGCCGGCUGAGACAGGAGCUGAACAAUAAAUAGAAAAUAUCUCUUCUGUCUCGCUGUUAUCUCCCCACUUCUCUGUUUUCCCCUCUCUCCACCUGCUCUCUCCUCCCCUCUGUUCUUUCCCCUUGUCUCCUUUCCUCAUGAAUCAGACCAGUCCAGUCAACGUAUCACGUUCCAGUAGCUGCUUUAGCUCGUCUGCAUGACAGAAAGAGAAGGUGAUAGCUUUGUCUGCUGUGUUAAGUAGCAGAGAGUCUAGGCAUAGUGCCUAUGUUGUAGUUAGAUUAUGUUUGAUUAACCAUUGUAACAAUACCCAGACUCUUAAGGGUUUUGCAGUUUUGUGAUUUCUGAGAUUAAACUUUAUCAUAGAGAUAAAACACGCAUUCAGCUCCUGUAAAAAUGUGCAGGGCAGAAAAAAAGGAGUCCACACACUCCUGUCAUGCUCCCAUGAGCUGUUUAUCAUCACCAUCUAGAGGAUUCCUCUGAUACUUACAGUCAAAUUCUUCAAAUGUAUCAAGUACAAGUGCAAAGCAAUUUCCAAAAGCAUUUCAGAAAAACGUCUAUCCUUGCAACAUGUUCAGUAUAUGCUACUCACUGUCCAUACAACUAGACAUAAAAGGGAUAUGAGGUGAUAUAAAAUUUGUAAUGAGAUGAAAGGGAAUAUUUAUGUUUUAAAGUUGUUAAUAUCUUACCCAGAUAUAAUACAAUAUGUUAAACAUACAUUGUUGCUAUUUAUUUUAUUUUUAUAUUGGGAGAUGUUGAAAAAUGUUAUUGUUGCAAUAGCGAGGCACACAGAGAAAGCCAUCGUCAAAGUCCCCUCAGCCGGUACCUGUCCUGUUGUGGAGGUUUUAAUAAAUCACAUCAGGGCAGAGACAUGACCAUAAAGAGGGACUUCUGCCAUGCUUGAUCUGCAUCGAAUGCCAUGCCACAUGCUUGCUGAAUGUGCAGAUUUGGUCUAAUUUAUUCUAAUGUACUCUACUGUAAAAUAUGUCCAAAGAGCCGUUGCAUUUUACUAUGUAGGAAUCCUGUUGUCGGUACUAAUCACAACUGUUGAUAAGUUUUGUUGUCUUGAGAAGUGCUGGCUACUCUCAUCAUCACAGUGAGACUUACCGGUUACUUAGCAACAGCCAUGAAACAGGAAUCUGGUGCUAACAUGGAAGCCAGUGGAACAACAAUGGCCAAACUGCGUAUAAGAAGAACAUUACAGUAGUUGAAACUUAAAGGGGAAUUCAAACAUUUUAAAAAUAAAGCUUAUUCCUAUACUCACUCACUGUACUCCAUAUGCUCCUAAAGGCUCAGGAGGGUGUUUUACUUAACUACUGUAUGGCUAAUUCAAGUAACAAUUCAUGCAAGUCAUAAAUAUUUAUUUUUCUCUCUAAUAAAAUCAAAUAAUCAUAUUAUUGCUGUUAAUGAUACUCAUUGAAAGACUGGUGGAUUUGUUCACUGGCAUUCUUCUGAGACAUAUUUUCAUUGUAGAGGCUGAAAUUUUAAAUUUUUAAAAGAUAGGUUUUAAAUAUAUCUGGACUACAAGAAUACAAAUAUUUUUAAAAUCAGGGUCAGGCUAGGGCAGUUGUGAUGCAAGGAUGGAUCUUUGUGAUGCUACAGUACAUUUUACUGCCAUCUUUCAUAAGCACAGUAAAAUUCUGGCUUGUGCUGACAGAUUAGCACAAACCCAACCGAAAGCUAAUACUGUUAAGAAAUUCUAGCAAUGACAUUGCAAGCAAGUUGAAUCGAGUUUCUAUUCCUACUUAAUGCUCAAACUGCCAGGAUGAACAGGGCCAGCCUUUCCAGCAGGUCCUAAGCUAACCUGUCUUUAGAUUUCCCUACAUCACACAGACUCUUUAAUCUCUUUGUUUCUGUUCACAAAACCCAGACUGUAUCUGUCCACGCUGUCAAUCAAUCAAUCACUAAAUAAAGACAAACCUGUGUCAAAUUCA